AUGUCGGAGGAAAGAGGGAACGGGAGCUCCCAGUGGGAGUUCAUCCUAUUGGGGGUCUCUGACCAACCACGCCUGGAGAUGCUGCUUUUUGUGGUCUUUUUGGUCUUGUACAUCAUGAACCUGGUAGGGAACCUGACCAUCAUUGUGGUCUUGUGGCUGGAACCCAGUCUCCACACUCCUAUGUAUUUCUUCCUCAGCAACCUCUCUUUCCUGGACCUUUGCUACACCACCAGCACCGUUCCUCAGAUGCUGGUGAACUUCCGCAGCACCCACAAGUCCAUCACCUGGGCUGGCUGCGUGGCCCAGCUCUACGUCUUCCUGUCGUUGGGCUGCACCGAGUGCCUCCUGCUGGUUGUCAUGGCCUACGACCGCUAUGUCGCCAUCUGCCAGCCACUGCGCUACACAAUUGUCAUGAGCCGCCGUCUCUGCCUGCAGAUGGCGGCCACCGUCUGGUUGAGCGGCUUCGGCAAUUCCAUGCUGCAGACCAUCCUGACCGUGCGGGUGCCCCGCUGUGGGCGGAACCGGGUCGACCAUUUCUUCUGCGAGGUGCCGGCCCUGUUGAAGCUGGCCUGUGUUGACACCGCCGCCAACGAGGCCGAGGCUUUUGCUGUCAGUGUGAUCUUCCUGCUGGUGCCGCUGGGCUUCAUCCUGGUCUCCUACGGCUACAUCGUCACCGCCGUGCUGAGGAUUCGCUCGGCCCAGGGCAGGCUCAAGGCCUUCAACACUUGCGCCUCCCACCUGGCCGUGGUGUCGCUCUUCUACGGCACGGCCAUUUUCAUGUAUCUACAGCCUCCGUCCAGCUACUCCCAGGAGCGGGGCAAGAUGGUCUCCCUCUUCUAUGGCAUCAUCGCCCCCAUGCUGAACUCACUGAUCUACACCAUGAGGAACAAGGAUGUUCACGGGGCCUUAAGGAGGGUGCUGCGGAGGCUAUUCGGGAGUAAGAGGACAUGA